GCCCUGGAUGAGCAAGACUGGGCGUGGGUGGUCGGCGAGCCGCUGAAUGGCGUCGAGCAGCAGCCAAAGUGCCGGUCCACUAUGGCAGAGGCCAACCUCGCAAGGCCGCGCGGCAUCAGACAGGACCCCGCGCGCGGGAUCAUUGGCGGGGCUGACGGGCCGGAGGUCGAGAAGGUGCCGCUGAAGCCAGAGUGGUCCUCGAACAUCAAGGCCACCGCAGGCCCGGCCUACCGCGCGCGGGCUGGCCUCGCGGCAGCGGGCCUUGGGGCGUCUCAGCUGCGCGGCCGCGCGGGGGAUUGCAAGUUGGGCGUGUGCUGCGAGCCCGAGGUGCAAAUCGGGAUCGUGAGGGGCGUCCGCGUUCCCCGUGGCCAGUGGCCGCAUGGCGGCCUGCGCGCGGAGUCGGGCGUUGCCUCCACCGCGCGCGCCUUCGAGGGGUUGCCCAUCCAUGCGUGCAGCGACCCCUUCGUCUGCGUGUCAGAGUGGGUCGGGGAA